GUUUUCAUGAUAUAACUUGAGACUGUCAAGCCGAGAUCCUCGCGUUGUAUGAUUUAGCCGGGGGACAUUCAAUCAUGAGAAUCGCAUUCGCUAUCACAGCGGUGAGUCUCUUCUUCCCUCUGGGAACAUCUGCGAGAUGGCUUGGAAUUCCCACAGUACCCUUCGUUGAAUCAGACCCGAAAGAAACUUUCUCCCUCAGGCAAUUGAAAUACAUCAUAGUGGAUACAAAGUACCAGAACACCGUUGAUACUGAAGGAGAAACGCUCAUUCCUCCCUCGUUGAGGAGCUUUGCCUCUACCUUCAGCGAUGACCUCUUCUCCUCCCUCGAUCUGAAAGUCCCGGCGAGGGCCGGCGAAGCUGCUUUGCCGAAUUCAAUUUUCAUGACGAUUGGGAAUUCAAGUCAUUACUUGGAUGCUGCCGGAAGACCAACUUCGGAAGGGUAUUCUAUCAAUAUUACGGAGGAUGGAAUUGUGAUCACGGGGGCAAGCCCGCUGGGUGCAUUCUGGGGAACGCGCUCGAUUUUACAGCAAGGUGUAUUGAGUAAUGGCAUGCAAUUGAGCUCGGGAAGUGCGAUUGAUGCAUCUGGAUGGGGGGUUCGGGGAACUUUUCUCGAUGUGGGGCGACAUUAUUACCCACCAGAGUUCUUGAUUGAAAUGUGUUCAUAUUUGUCAUUUUUCAAGCAGAACACCUUCCACCUUCACCUCAGCGAUAGCCCUGGUCUGAACCCAGCCCUCACAUAUGAAGAAAAGUUGGACUUCUAUUCUGCGUUUCGACUCAACUCGCCAGACCCUGCCGUUGAAGAUCUCAACAAGCGCGCAAAUGAAUCAUACUCUCAAUCCGAUUUUGAGGAUAUCCAGCAAUCAUGUGCAAGUAGAGGUGUCACUAUCAUACCUGAGAUCGAAGCACCUGGGCAUGCUCUUGUCAUCAACCAGUGGAAACCCGAACUGGCUCUUGAUACGGACUUCACGCUGCUGAACAUAUCCCAUCCAGGGACCAUCCCAACUAUGGAAACUAUUUGGGGUACUCUUCUGCCUUGGUUCCAUUCGAAGACCGUUCAUCUUGGUGCAGACGAAUACUCAAGCUCAGAAAUAGCCGACUACAAUCUCUACGUCAAUACCAUGCAUACCUAUAUUGGCCAAAACUUUGACAAAAAAGUUCGCAUUUGGGGAACCUUUCCACCCUCAAAAAUCGUCAAUGAGAUGAAUAUCAAUCACAAUGUCUCAAUCCAGCACUGGGAAUACUUCGAGGCAAACCCCUACUUCGACUUCAUGAAAAACGGCUACCACGUUCUCAAUACCGACGACCAAUUCUACAUUGUCGCCAAAUGGUCAGGCAGCUAUCCUCAAAAACUCAACAUAAGCCUUAUCUUCCAUGGCGCACCAGAUGGCGGUCCCACAGCACCGUAUAUCUUCGACAAAUCCAACGCAAGCAACAAUCCACCACAUGAUAGCCCAUAUGUUCUCGGCCAGAUGCCAGCACUGUGGAACGAUUUUGGUCCAAAUAGUACCUCAGUUAUUGAGGCUUAUUAUGCUCUACGUGAAGGUCUUCCAGCACUCGGUGACAAACAAUGGGGAGGUGACCUUCUCAUGCACGAAUAUUUCUCCAUCUUUGAGACUCUACAUGCCGCGAUUCCAGGACAGCAUCUCGACCGGAGAAUUGAUUCGAGAACCAACACAAUCUUGUCUUACGAUUUCUCGAGCACAGGGACAGUUUACGAUAAGUCUGGAAAUGGGUGCGAUGGCACAAUCAAGCGAGAUUGCAGUGUGGCAGACUCGGUUCUCACGUUGAGAAUGGGAUGCUCGGUCACUACUCCUUUGACGUCGAAAGGGAGGAAUUACACACUCGCAUUCUCCGUCAGACCAACUUCUUCAGUACCCGGCACUCUCUUCUCAGGCUCCGCAUCCUCCCUCCUUACAGGAAACGGGAGCAUCAGUAAUGUGAUGCUCAUUACAGGCGGGAAUGCAUAUUCUAAUCGCAUUGACAACGCAACAUAUCUCUCCGUCACGCCUUCUACCACGAGUGAGGAAAGAGUACUUGAGUUCACGGCUACGAUUGGAGAUUACUCGAAUAGCUUUAUUUGGAAUAAUCCGAUGGCUAUUGAAGCGCCUGUGGCGGUUAUUGGUGGAGAUAAUUUUCAGGGAGAGAUGAAGAAGGUCACAUUGGUAGAUGGAGCGGAUGCGAAGUAUGUUGAAUUUGUAAAGAAGUUGGUUAUUGGCGUCGCGCCGUAUGAAUGA